UUUAGCUGAAAAUGUGAUCGCCUCUGGGGAGACGAACGAUAACUUCUAACUUCUAAACGUGUAAAUACUGAUAUUCUAAUGGAGGACUGAAAUGGAAUAUGCAACGUGUAAAGUCAAGGCCGCGCGAAUCAGCACUACUCUCUGAAGAGGACUCCUUUAUAGAGGAUGUAGUAGAACCGGAACAAGACCUCACCUCACAUUUACUCUCUAACGAGGCCCAGCCCCGGUUAACUGAGGUGUUCAGAGCAGGGGAAGAUGAGCACCACGAGAUGGUGACCAUAGUGAACCCUAGUGUCAGGGAGAGCAGGCUGGAGAGAGAGGGGUUAGAGGUGGGUCCGGGGGUCAACACAACAGACCAUCCUGUGUCUCUGGUUUAUGCUAAUAAUAAGGACCAGUUCUCUGUGGAUAUCUCGUCUCCUUCUCCAGCUAAAACUGUGGAGUCUGAUCCCAUGAAGCCUGGUGGAGAGAUGGUGGAAAUGGAACCGAUUCCAGAGAAUGAUGAGAAGGAAGAAAGUUUGGUUAAAAUUGGCUGGGGAACUCCUGACAGUGGUAAUGUUGCUGAAACAUCACUCAACGGGGAAGGAGACUCUUUUUCUGUACAGACAGAGAUUACAGAUACACCGUCCUCGCCCCUAGAGAUACCUGUUGUUUCUGCCAGUCCAAUUGAAAAGGAGCAGGAGUCAGGGGAAAUUGACAGAAAGGAAGAGGAGGAGGAGAAGGUUACUCCCCAAGAGGGGGAGGAACAUGUAUAUCAUGACAGUGAGAAUACAGUGAACUACGACGAGGUUGACGACGAGGAAGAGAGCGGAGAAAACCUCUACCAUCCAGAACCAGCCGGUCAGUCCAGCUCCUACCGACCUGUUCCUGUGGAAUCAGAGGAAUCAGACGAGCGAUCAAAAACUCCUGAGCCUCAAAUAGACGAUUAUGGGAAUAUUCUAGAUGAGAAUGGACAUCCAAUUAUUAAACACGCCUUCCCUGCUAACUGGAUCCUACAGGAGGAUGAGGGUGACGGUAUCAUGAGAUUUGAAACUGAAGACGGACCUGUGAGAUUCAUGGUGAGUCUAGACAAUGAUGGAGGCUUCGAUUAUCCUAACCCACCGAAUAUCAUGAGACUGGAGAUGGAUGCGAAUCUGAAACACAUCCCUAUCACCCACCGUACUGCCUCUGGUUGUGAGUUCUUUGUGGAUCACGGGGAGUGGAGACUUCAACUUGAAUCAGACGUAGUUAAUCUGCUGCUCAGAAUGGAUAUUGCCCAAGAUUUUGAGGAUGCAACGGGGGAAGUUUUGUGGAAUCGAAACAAAGAUGUUACAAUUGAAAACCUGACUAGAGCUAUGACCAUUUUCAAGGAUUGUGUUUUGGACGAUAGUCCUGUAAGAUGGAUUCUGAACAAAGAUUCUGAUUACAAUCCUAAAAGUAGUGUUUUUACACUUGCUUCUGAGACAAAGGUUGAGAAUAUAAACAGGAAUGUUUCAAUAGCCGAAGGCAUGAGUCUGGUGGAUUCUAAAACAACGGUUUCUAUACCCGAUCAAAGCAACACUGAAGUCCGGAAUGUCCGAAAUUUCUUCAUCAAUGAAGAUUCUGUUCUAGAAAAUCAAGGCAUCAGACAUCUCGACAGCGGAGACUGUAAAAUCGCCGAAAUACUUAACGACUUCCGUUUAACGGAUGACUCCAAAUUAGAGGACCAAGGAACCAGGCACCUGCUUAACAAGGACUCUGAACUGGAGGAGCAGGGUAAGCGGCACUUGCUGUGUGAGGAGGGAGACAUGGUGGAUAUAGUCCGGGAACACAGGUUGCACCAGGACGUCAAGGUGGAGGAUAUCAAACGAGGGUUUCAGAUGUGCGAGGACAGUGAUAGGUUGGAUAUUAAACGUCAUUAUUUGGUCAUGGAUCAGGAGAUUGUCAGGACACCGGCGAUCUGGGAUAAAUCAAACUUUGAGGGAGAGCUGGUCGAUUUGAAAAGUUAUAAGAUGGAAAUGGAUAUGAAAUAUGAAGUAUCUCCUUCUAAAUUUAAACUCAAUCAGUUGGAUAUUGACGAUGAUAUGUUGGCUGAUAUUGAGGAUGAACAAGAUGAGUAAAUGGUUUUUCUAUUUUAGGGUUUAUCAUUUAUUUUUCAGACGAUGCUGUUGUGUUGCUUUUUUAGAUUACUGAAGAUUUAGCGCUGUAAAAAGUUGUGCUGUCGUCGCUCUUUUAAUUUUAGUAUCACAAUUCCUAUUCAUGAUAACAUUGCACAUUUACAUUACAUUUAGAUUGCAUUGAGAUUACAUUUAGAUUACAUUUAUAUUACAUUGCACUGUUUUGCUUGUGACCACAUAUUGCGUAAGCCAAAUUUCGGCUAUUUCAGACACAAGGCUAUUGUUAGCUUUUCCAACCCCCCUCCUUUAGGCUGGCUUACGUAAUAUCUAAAAAACUGAAAAUAAAUAGCAAGCUGGUUUAAAUGUUGAAUAUGUGAUAACAUCGUGAUAUUAGAUAUCAGUAUUCAGUUUACUGUUUAGUGGGCGGACUUUUGUAAUGUAUAUUAUUAUACAGCAGUAACAGCACUAUGUAUUUACUUUAGGUUUUAUGUUUUAGUUUGAUAAUUUUUAGCUUCAUCGAUCAUGAUAAUGAUGAAAUACAUGACUUAUGCAUUGAAACAUACUCUAUGGAAACAAAUUAACACUUGUGAUUUUGCAGUUCAAAUAAACAUAUAUAUAUCAGCCUUCAUUUUCAUUCUGUUGAUCAUAAUAUUUAUUUAAUAUGCCUAAAUAUCGAUGUUAUUUUUGAAAUCGAAAAACACGAUGACACUGAUUUAUGAUUGCUGAUACUGAUUUUAAAAACAUUCUACACUUGUACUAGCACAAGCAUUUUAAAUAAAUAUCGUUUUAUUUGGAACUCAACAGCUUUCGAAAAUGUUACUCUUAAUCUUACU